GACUGUCAUCAAAGAUGCUCAGGCCAUCUGAGGCCGAGAUAUCCGAAUGUUUUCCUAGAGCACUCCUGAGCAGGCAGGAAUGCAAAUGUAGUAGAGACGAGAUUCUGAGAGCGGGGUGGAGUCAGUGGAAGGAGAAAGACUGCGUGCAGGGUGAUUGGUAUCGGAGCAAAAGGUCAGAGGGGUCACUGUGCACCAUUGUGAGAAGGGGGAUGUUGCUGAAUGUUGCACCGUCCACUCUGGUUUAUUGAGACCUGAGGAAACCGAGGACACACAUGCCAGAUUGUCUUUCUCUUGGGAGUAAAUUAGCACAUCUGCUCUGCAUUUGACUUAUUUCCUCUUGCCUAAUCACCCGUGAGCUGGGUUACUGCUGACUCCUCUACAUACAUCCAUCUUGGGUGGGUUACAGGGGAGAAUGGCAGACUGAUGACUUUGUGACUAACCAUAAUACAGAGUUGUGUAGAUUAAAUUUUUUUUUUUUUUUUUGCUGCAGUACCACAUUUGCGUCAGAUUGGUAAUCUGAGUAUAGCGUUUUUUAUUUGCAGGGAGUCAAGCCCUGAAGAUGGCUUUGGCCCGGUGGGUGGUAAGGAUGGAAAAUGAUCGGGGGGGUUGGAGCAAUUUCCUGUGAAACGGCGGCAGUCUUUCCUCAAGUGAUGAAUUUCCUCUGUCAAAAAAAAUAACGUUAGGUCUGAUUGUAAAGCAGCUGGUCCUCAGUACAUGUGUCUACCUGUCUGUUACACUUGGCUGUGCAUGUGCAUACAUGUGUGCUUGUGCAUAGAGGUGAAUUGUUGAGGUUGAAGCUGGGAUGUGCGUAUCUGCCUGCUUUGUGUGGACCUUUUAAUUCUGCAGUGUGCACUGCCUCUCUCUCUCUCUCUUUCCCCCCUCCCCCUCUCCUCGCACAGAGGGUGGGGCUCCUCCCGAUGUCUCGGUGAUGCUUUUCUUUUCUACCGUCUCAACAUCUAGCCUUAAGAUCAGACGUGCCUGUUAUUGUUAUUUGGUGGUGGAUGGUGUUGCUGUGCCGACAGGGUUUGGCCGUGUGUGAGGUGUUGUUUCAGCAGUGUGCGACGCUGUUUUGCUAUGAGGAUCUGGUGCUGACGCUGAGGUUGCACCUCUGAUAGAAGAUGUCCACAAUGGUGUAUCCUCGUGAAGAGAAGCUGGAGAAGCUAACGCAGGAGGAGAUCAUCUCAAACACUAAGCUGGUGAUCCAAGGCCUGGAGGCACUGAAAAGCGAGCACAACUCUAUCCUGCACAGCCUGCUGGAGACCAUCAAGUGCCUGAAAAAAGAUGAGGAGGCCAACCUUGUGCAUGAGAAGUCCAACUUGCUCCGUAAAUCGGUGGAGAUGAUUGAGCUGGGCCUGGGGGAGGCGCAGGUCAUGAUGGCGCUGUCUAAUCACCUUAAUGCCGUCGAGUCAGAGAAGCAGAAGCUUCGGGCACAGGUGCGGCGUCUGUGCCAGGAGAACCAGUGGCUGCGGGACGAGUUGGCCAACACACAGCAGAAACUGCAGAAGAGUGAACAGAGUGUCGCCCAGCUGGAGGAGGAGAAGAAGCACCUGGAGUUCAUGAAUCAACUCAAAAAGUAUGACGAAGAUGUUUCACCCUCGGAGGAAAAAGAUGGCGAACCACCUAAAGACUCUCUGGAUGAUCUGUUCCCUAAUGAUGAUGAGGAACAUGGCCACGGAAUGCAGCACCAGCACAACAGUGCAGCCGUGGCAGCAGCGCAACAGGGAGGAUAUGAAAUCCCAGCUCGCCUCCGAACCCUCCACAACCUGGUGAUCCAGUACGCCUCUCAAGGUAGAUAUGAGGUGGCCGUGCCGCUGUGCAAACAAGCUCUGGAGGACCUGGAGAAAACCUCGGGCCAUGAUCAUCCCGACGUUGCCACCAUGCUCAACAUCCUCGCCCUGGUGUACAGGGAUCAGAACAAAUAUAAAGAGGCAGCACACCUGCUCAAUGAUGCUCUGUCCAUCAGGGAGAAGACUCUUGGCAAAGACCAUCCUGCGGUGGCUGCCACCCUGAAUAAUCUGGCUGUGCUAUACGGGAAGAGGGGCAAAUAUAAGGAAGCUGAACCACUGUGUAAGAGAGCGUUGGAGAUCAGAGAGAAGGUGCUUGGAAAGGACCACCCAGAUGUGGCUAAGCAGCUGAACAACCUGGCCUUGCUGUGUCAGAACCAGGGCAAGUAUGAGGAAGUGGAGUACUACUACUGCAGAGCUUUGGAGAUUUAUGAGUGCAGGCUGGGCCCUGAUGACCCUAACGUUGCCAAGACCAAGAACAAUCUGGCUUCAUGCUUUCUCAAACAAGGGAAAUACAAGGAGGCUGAGAUCCUUUACAAAGAGAUCCUCACCCGUGCCCAUGAGAAGGAGUUUGGAUCAGUUGAUGCUGAGAACAAACCUAUCUGGAUGCAUGCUGAGGAGAGGGAGGAGAUGAGUAAAGGCAAGCACAGAGACAACACCCCAUAUGGAGAAUAUGGUGGCUGGUACAAGGCCUGCAAAGUCAAUAGUCCGACUGUGAACACCACUCUGAGGAAUUUGGGUGCGCUGUACCGCCGGCAAGGCAAGAUGGAGGCUGCGGAGACCCUGGAGGAGUGUGCCAUGAGAUCCCGCAAGCAGGGGAUCGAUCCCAUCAACCAGAGCCGUGUGGUUGAAAUUCUGAAGGAGGGUGAUGGAGAGAGGAGGAGGAACAGGGAUGGCAUGUCCAGCGUUAAGUACGAUAGCAGCUCAGAGGCUGGAGAGGAAGUGAGUAUGGGCAUAGAGUGGAGCGGGGAUGGUACUGGGGUUCUGCAGAGGGUCAGCUCUCUGGGAAGGAUCAGAGACGUCCUGCGUAGAAGCAGUGAAAUGCUGGUGAAGAAACUGCAAGGAAACGGACCUCCAGAGCUGCGCUCCACCUCCAACAUGAAACGCGCUUCCUCCCUCAACUACCUGAACAGGACGAAUGAUGAUCCCUUCCAGAGCCCUGGGAUAAGUAGGUUGAGGCAGAGCCGUGGCUUGAGCUCCAGUAAUUUGGAUCUGUACAGUGGGAAUUGAGAAAAUGCCUCUACAACUCCAGCUAAGACCUUACCAUGCUAUUUCCUACUGCACGACCCAAAUCCUCCACUUUUAAUAAAAGCUGCUCCUGACAAGAUCUCAGCAAUCCACAAAGCCGUUCCUGCAAUAAAUCAGUCAAUGCUCUAGGAAGGUUUGCACUUUCCAGCUCCCACUAGUGCAAAAUACAAUGUAGACAUUGUUCGAAGUUUUUUUUUUUUUUUGGUCUUGCUUUCUGUUACUACACUUUCUCAUUGUUACCUUAACAGCUAUGUUACAGGGUCCACGUGUCUUGGAUUAAUGUGUCUACUGUUUUAGCGGCCAGGAAACGUAUCCUAGAUGGUGCAAUGCUAUUGUACAUUAUUCUCAGUUAGCAACUUUGAGUAUGACAUUCUUCCCUAGCUAAAAUGAUUUGAGUCAUAUUGAGACUUAAUUAAUGCAUUUUAUAUUUGUAUAAAAUAUAAGAUGAAACCUGUUUUACCUAUUUAAAAAAAAUCUUAUCAGUCUUUGUAAAUAAUGUUGUUUUUUUUCUGGUCUUUUUGGGGAUGAAUGGCUGAAAUGAAAAGUCUGCUUUGUAUCUUUUGCCUGUAUCAUGUUGGUCCUGGACUGUUACUGUAUCUACACUUCCAUAUCCUGCAGGUAAUUGUAUUGCUAUAGGCUGGGGAAUGAGGUAUUAGAUACAGUAGCUGUAGAGAGAAAUACCCUGAAAUAUUGAGACAAAGAAACUUGAUUACUGGGAAGUGCAUUAUUAUUAUUAUUAUUAUUAUUAUUAUUUUAUUAUUGAAGCUUAUCUAUAAUAAAGGUUUGAGCAAAAGGGCAAAAAACCAAACCCUGGACCAACAGCGAUAUAUAUAUAAUGAGGCACUACAUGUCAUUUGAACACUAACUAUAUUUUCUUAAAGGUUGAGGUUAGGGGCUUUGUUACUGUACACCGCUUUUAAAAAGUGAAAUUAGUCUCUUAAAUAUAUAAAAUGAAUAUACCUGUUACUGCUUGGCUUUACUGUAAGCAUUACCAUGAUGGUGGAAUGUUUUGGGUUUUUGGGGUUGUUUUUUUUUGUAAAUACUUUGUCUUUUUUACUCUGAAUGCUAUUCUGUUUUAGAGGAACUCAUUGCACAUGAUUGGAUCUUUCUUUUAGCUUGAUCCUUCUACUGAUUUGUUACUGAAACUGGCUAUGUAUAAUGAUGUGCCAAUUAAGUACGAGGUUUGUUGAAUGUGAGUGGUACAGGAGUUUCUCAGGUAACGCCAAACCGAUGAGAUAUUUAUGUAAUAAAUAUGAAACUCUGCAAGCGUGUGUUAAGCUGUAAAAGUUUUAAUAUUCCAUAUAAAAAUGCAUUGACUGUCAGCAAGAUAAUAUUUGUCGAUUAUUUGAAAUCGUAGACGUAUUGAUGUUUCCUUUGAGCUGUUUUUGUGUACGAUAUUGCAGGUUUUUUAUGACACGUUUGGCAUAUUUCUACAAAGAACCAAAGUACUUUAGCAAUUUUAUGGACGUGUAUAAUUCCUCAUAGUGUGAUUCAGAUUUCAUAAUGCUUAUGGUGUGAGGAGGAUUUUUUUUUAAACGUUACACGAGGCAAUGUGUUUGAAUGUUUUAUAAGCCUCAAAGACUUUUACUCGUAGAGAGUUGCAUGUGAUGGUGAUGGGAAAAGGUCAAUAUGGAGUGUUUUAAAGAGGGCUCUGCAUGGCUGUAAAACGCUUUCCUUUGAACUCCACAGGUGUUGGGUACGAUAGCCAUAGAAGGCCUGCUGCUGAGUAUAACUGCCAUCUGUAUGAUUGAUACAAUCUUUAUUUUGUGAUGUAGAAGAUGUUGUGGUGAAAAUAAAUCUUUCAACCUUCUAUGGCA